AUGUCUGUCUCCCCCGCUCCUUCCUCCACAACUGCUCCGAUGGCAUCCGGCAACGCCACCGCGCUUCCGCCCGACCUGGCGCCGCGCCCCUCCUCAGGCCCGCAGCCUCCGGUGGGCCAGCCCUUCUUUUUCAAUCCGACGCACACGGACGACUCUGGGGUGUGCUAUUUCUCAAUCCAGACAGCUGAGAACGACAAGGCGACCUUGAAUGCCACCGAGAUGGCGCUGGCGCGUAGCACGGGCGAGAGGUGCUGCUCGGGGGUGGGCAUUUGGCAUGACAUUCUCUUCGCCUGCCGCACGGAGUCUCAGAAUGGGACGAAAGCGUUCGAAACUUGUGCCAAUGGGACCCUGCACGCUGGCUGUACUGGCUUCAAAGGCUAUCAAGCCAAUGUCGAGUGGCUCUUCUGGAUGGAGGCCAAGUGGCCCGAAGCGUUCGACAACAACACGCAUUGGAUCACCACCGCUUUCGGCGCCCGCGACAGCAAUGGCACCGUUGGCAAUGGCACCGCUACCAACGGCAUGGCCGGUGACGGCACCAAUCCCACUAUCAGCAACAGCACGAGCACCGCCGAGCGCUGCUGCGCCCAGGCGAAGGGCACGUACAUCCACUCUCUUUCCAACUCGACGCACCAGAAACGGUACAGCGAAAGCUUUGGCGAGUACAACCGCACCAUGUUCCCACCCUGCCUGAUUCCCAAGGAGCAAGCCGACAGCUACAAGCAGUGUGUACUUGACACCGCGCCGAAUGCGCUCGUCAUGGCCGAGUCCUGGCAGUACAACAGCACCUCGUAUAAUCGGGUUCGGACACCACCCGGGCAGGGCUCGGCGGCCCCAGCGACACGCAAGCUUGGAGUUGGCUUUGCGGUGCUCGCGGCUUCGAUGGCGCUUCUUGGCUCGCUGGCGUAA